AUGACGUCGCUAUUUCUCAAUGUGCCCUCCACCUUUUCGCGAAAUCGUAUUAAUGCCACACCUGAGCGACAUGGCGACGACGACGAUUAUCUUUCCUCAGACCUGGAGCUCUCCUUCGCGUCCACAGUGUCUUUAAACUCUCCCCCCAAGGAGCCAGUCGCGUUGACACCCGAGAGCGAUUACGGAGUUCCAAUGGACAUAUCUCCAGCGCCGCCCAAAUUCCAACCAACCAAAGCCGCCACUCGUCCUCGAGCUUUCACCAGCGCCGCCUCAAGUCGUGUGUUCGGCAGUGAUGUCAGCAACCAUUCCUCUUCUCAACGAGGGGUCUCUGGCUCCACUCAUUCGGGUUUGAAGCGUACUCAACGAUCUGCAUUGCCCAUGGAAUGGCUCAUGGCAAGCCCUAUCAAAGACACCUCAACAUCGAAUCAUGAUAGUACUUUCCUCUCAACGUUGGAACCCGCAUCACCUAUGGACGUGGAUUCGUCGUUCGCCGAAGUCGAUAACCCAGUCACCUCAUCCCCCUUGGCGUCCUCCGCGACAAUCACCAGUUUUAACAGCCUUUUCUAUGAGAAUGCAUCUCCAGGAGCUACAUGUUUUGAAAGUCCUACUAUACGUCUUCCGAAGAAACGGCGUUCUUUUUCUCCUUUGACUGGUACCUCUGAAAGAGAGGCUGCGUCAUCAUCCCCGGGGCUACCAUCCUCGCCCUCGGAUCGCAAGUUGGGCAGAAUAGUGAGCGGACCGGUACUGUUUGGCGGUAGUAAAUCGUCCUUUUCUGGUAUCAGCCCUCCGCCUGUGAAUGCGCUCAAGAGACCCCGCAGGCCUGCUCUUUCUGCAAUAGUGCAUCCGUCCCAGGCGAAUGCUUCCUCGGUAUAUCCUCUUCUUUCACCUGACGAACAUUCGAACGAAGACAAAUCCGAGAAGCAGCUUCCACCCGCGCGUCGCGCAUUCUCUGCCAUGGUACCUCCGUCCGUCCUAGUAGACUUUUCGGAUGAAUCUUUCGAUGGCUUGGAUGGUUCGUCUCCUGCGCAAGCAUACGCACAACGUCAGCAAGUGAAGACAAUCCGACAUUGUGAUGGCACUGAUGACUUCAGGCCAUUGACUGGCGCCACUGCCUUGGUCAUGCAGGAGAGCCCUUCUGCGAAGUUCAUGUGCUCGGGGAUGCCUGGCUUCGGAGAUAAUGAGCUCAUGGGUAAGGUAUUACCUUGCCAUCGAGUUUCGGAAGACGGCUUGAUGAGAAUAACGGUCGACACGCUUGAUGAUCUCCUAGAUGGCGUCUAUGACUCCCAGAUACGCGACUUCCGCAUUAUCGAUUGUCGGUUUGAUUAUGAAUACCAGGGUGGCCACGUCCCAGGUGCUAUCAAUGUCAACACGACGAGCGCCGUUGAGGAACACUUGCUUGGACCGAUUAUAAUGAAGCCCAAGCCAAGUGUUAGCGGCGAUUCUACCGCAAAAACCAUUUUGGUUUUCCACUGCGAAUUCAGCGCUAAGCGGGCACCCACUUUUGCCAAACAUCUGCGCUCCAAAGACCGCUCCAUGAACCAUCACGUGUACCCAAAGGUCCACUAUCCUGAGGUCUACAUUCUGGAAGGCGGAUACUUCAAGUAUUUCCAGACAUCCCGAUGCCGACCUUCUGGCUACACUCCGAUGGACGAUCCCAGUCAUGCUACUUCACGUCGAGAAGAUCUUGACCAAUUUCGCAAAGCAAAGUUUGGUCGCCACAAGUCUUAUGCGUACGGGGAUGGAAAUAAUAGGAUGUCCUCAUCUGGUCUAUCUAUGCUGGUUCCCAAGAGGAACACAGCGCCAAGUGGAGGAAACACACACGUAUUUGCGGCUGCCACUGUCGCACGCAGUCGCCGUGGGGGAGCCAGUGCGACCUUGACCACCCUUGCUGAAGACAGCAUGGCGACUGCUGAUGGCAAUGAUACUGACACUGAUAUUGGCGAUAGCCCCUGUCCUCCUCCACCCACGAAAGGCAAGAAAGGCCGUGGCUCACUAUCAAGAGCAGAUACAUAUGGACCGUCCAGGUUGCCGUUCUAA